AAUCAACCGUCCAUCCAUCUCAUCCCUCCUCACCAUGGCCAUGUCGCUGCCUUAAACCUACACCUUGGCUCUACUUGCCGUCGCCGUCGCCCCGGAUGUCUAACCAGAACCAGGACCCGGCCUGAGCGUGGAGGCCACCAACGCUACGUGUGCGACCGCUUCGGCCCAAUCUAAGUGCAGCCAUAUGUUACUAGCCAAGCUGGACGUCAGGAUGCCAGAGGUGAAGGACGUACGAAUGUCGGUCCAGGUGGGUGCCAAGGCGGCAACGGAGGCGGCCGCCAGCAAGAAACCCUCCGAGUGCAUCGCCGACUGCCUCGACGACCUUGCCUCCAUGUGGAGCAAAACAAGGAGCUUCCUACUCGCUCACAUUGCAUGUCACCGAGUCAUUGUUCAUGCAAUAUCAAUAAGAAUCAGUAAGCAGAAAUAUGAAAAACGACGGAACAAAUCACGCUCUCCUCUUCAGUCAGGUGAUGCCGGUUUUUUGUCGAGCUGCUGUUGCUUCCUGAAAUACGCCCUCCUCUUCAAGAGGCCAUCAAUGACACGUAGAGCUUCGGAGGCAUCACCGAAUUUUCGCCAUGCGUGCAUCUGGAUGUGCUUGGAUAAUAUGGCAAGGUCGUCGAGACAGUCGGCGAUGCACGUGGAGGAUUUCUUGGCGGCCCUGCCGAAUGCAUGCGGCCGCCUCCACCGCCUUCUUGGCAGCCACAUGGACCGACAUUACAAUGACGUCCUUCACCUCCGGCGUCCUGACAUCCAGGUUGGUUAGUAACAUAUGGCUGCACUGAAAUUUGGCCGAAGCGAUCGCGCACGUAGCGUUGAUGGCGUCCAUGGGUUCUGGUUCUGGUUUGGACACCAGGGGUGACGGCGAUGGCAAGAAGAGCCAAGGUGUAGGUUUAAGGCAGUAGCAACAUGGCCAUGGUGGUGAUGGAUGAAGUGGAUGGACGGUUGAUUUGGUAAGGUGUGUGGGUGUACCUUGCACCACAAAAUUUUGGUAAUGCUUUCGAAGCUCUACGCGUCACUGAUGACCUCUUGAAGAGGAUGGCGUUUUUCAGGAAGCAAUAGCAGCUCGCCAAGUAAGCGGCAUCACCUGACUGAAGAGGAGAGCGCGAUUUGUUCUGUCAUUUGUAUAUUUCUGCUUACUGAUUCUUAUUGCUAUAUUGCAUGAAUAAUGGCUCAGUGGCAUGCAAUGGGAGCGAGUAGGAAGCUCCUUGUUUCCCUCCAAGCCAAGGGUUCCAGCAAUGGCGGAGCUACAUGUGUUAAAGUGUACACCUCUAUUUCUUUUUAUAUUACAAUUUUUGUAUCAUGCAAUCCAUUUGCUCGAGACGAAGAUAAA